UCCUCUUGUAUACCAUCUUGUUAAUUCGUUUCAUGCACAACCUCGUUUUCCCUAGCUGACCGAAAAAUGUUCUGGGAAGGUGUUAUGGAUUCGUGCGAAGUGUGCCAAUGUACAAGGCUUUUCAAAAAUGCGUUUAAAUUAAAAAAUUCUCCGGCUGACGCGGCAAAGACCAGACCAAAAGCACGACGACUACUCGGCAUGGCUUCGCGACACUUUCCGAGGCCAGAGCCUGUCUCGCCAUCUACCGACAAAGAAAAUAAUAGUUCUCCUUGCAGUCCGCAUGGUACUACUUUACAAAAGAUUAUCGGUACAAAGAGAGCCCGCAAUCCGUUGGAAGAUUGCGAUCCUAACAGUCAAGACAGUGGAUACGAAGUAAAUUAUCCAGAGGGAGAGGAAAAGUCGAGGCGAGAUAGGUUUCGAUUCGCGGAACCUUUAGCCGCUGCUCCGCGGCGAAUGUUCAUCGAAUCUCGAAGUUCGAUGGAAUCACCGGUGCGAUCGUCGCCACGGCGGAGGCGAGUCACGCGACCUUCCCUCUUUCGUAGCCUCUCGUCCGGCUACGAGAGUAUGGACGAUGGAUUCAACGAUCUGAUAGACGUGGAAAGUAGUUCGGACGAUGUGGCGCAAUUACCGAACGGUAUCUCGACUUUGCUUUGCGGUGAUAUCGUCAGCGUGGUUGCCAACACCGAAGCCGAAAUCUCUGACUCGUUAUCGGCCAAGAUCAGUUCGAGUAAUCCGAGUACGCCUGAAUUUCCUCGUACCGAUUUCGGUAGCAGCGGUAAUUUCAGACGUUCGUUGUCAUUAGAAAACGAAAGACAGGAGAAUCGGAAAUGCUCGUCCCUUUCAAAAGUACGUUCCUGUUUGUUUCGUUCUCCUAAUGCGAGCUCGUCGACGAGCAAUCCUGGUUUCGAAGAUAUCAGUAGUCCAGUUGCUGUAUCAGUGCCAAUCGCUCGGCGUAGACGAAUCUCCCACGAUUUUAUCGAUGAAAAUCUAUUCGUUCAAACAUUUAAACGACCGAAUCUACCGAUAAACGAAAGCCCAACGGUGACCAAGAGAUCGCGGAGAUGCAACAGUUUUCACGGCAUUGUUAAAGAUUACGGUAUAGACGGCGCGAUGACGUUCAGAUCGAACUACAUACCGUUACAAAGGAGUUUUGCCAAAUCGGGAACGGGGAAAAUGACGGGGAAAAUAGAAAUGGAAAUGGAGACGGAAAUGGAGACGGAAAUGGAGACGGAAAUGGAGACGGGAAUGGAGACGGAAAUGGAGACGGGAAUGGAGACGGAAAUGGAAACGGAGACAGGGACAGAAAUACGAUCGGAAUUAGAGACGCAUGCUCAGAUUAAAUCGGCUAUUCAUCGUAGCACUACCGAUACCGAUCUUACGGGUGAUUUUAGCAAACCGUGUGUCCUACCGUUGGCUGCCGGUCAUCACGAAGAUUUGAAAUCGAUUUCCACCAACACCUUAGCCGCUUUGAUAAGCGGCGAAUUUAAGAAUCAAAUCGGUUCGUUCAAAAUUGUCGAUUGCCGUUAUCCGUACGAGUUCGAUGCCGGACACAUUCAAGGUGCCCUGAAUCUUUACAGUAAAGAUCUCAUAGAGAAAAUUCUGUUAGAUCCAUUGACGAGUACACCUGAAAUCCAACCGGAUACAAAUAAAAGAAAUAUUCUAGUGUUCCACUGUGAAUUUUCCUGGGAACGCGGUCCAAAUCUUUCACGAUUUCUACGAAGUUUAGACCGACAACGUAACAAAGAACGUUAUCCGGCUCUCUAUUAUCCGGAAGUUUAUCUGCUGCACGGUGGAUACGAACAAUUUUACAGGGAACAGAAAGGCUUGUGCUCGCCACAAGGUUAUCGGCCAAUGAGACAUCCUGACCACGAAGCUGAUCUCAGACAAUUUCGAAGUAAGAGUAAAAGCUGGCAAGGUGAAAAGACAAGAAUCGGUGGUUGUGCAACGCGGGCUAAUCUGAAACGCUUAGGUUUUUAA